CCUCCUCCUCUCCCUUCCUUCCUUCCUUCUCCUUUCUUUCUUUCCUUCCUCCAUGGCUACUUCCUCCUCCUCCUCCUCCUCGUUCUCCGGGGGGCGUCCCGGGGGCCGCUUGGACAUGAGCCACGGCUUCGUCCGGCACAUCCGCCGGAACCAGGUGGCCAGGGAUGAUUAUGACCGGGAAGUGAAGCAAGCCAAAGAGAAAGUGAAGAAGCGCCACACGCCAGCCCCAGCGCGGCCCCGGAAGCCCGACCAGCCAGUCUACCACCCCUGCCGUAAAGGUCAUGCAGAAGCCCCAACAAGCCUGGAGUACGAGGGAUCCAGCGAGAGCAGCUCCGGAACAGAUCCGGAUGGCAAUGGACCGGCUCUCUUCUGCCUGGACUUUGAGGCCGACAGUGGCAAGAUUACCUCCGUUGUUGUGCACCAGGAGCAUGACCCGGAGGAGGUGGUGGAGAAGGUCAGUGCCCAGGACCCGCUGGAGCCAGCAUUGAAGGAGGCGCUGAGGCGGCGGGUGCAAGAAGAACUGGAGAAGCGACGGGUGAAGCGCUGAGGGGCUUCUGCUCUUUCAUUGCCUUUUGGAGAGGGAACCGAUUAUCCCUCAGUGGCUUUGGUCUGGGAGCCAAAGGAGCAGGAGGCCUCUCUCUGGCUCCUUCCUUCUUUCUGGAUGAGGAAGCGCUGCCUGCAUUUGAGAUGCAACGGAGCCUCAGGGUUCCCUUUGGUAAAGGCUGAGGGUCGCUUUGAGAAAGGAGGAAUCCCAUGGAAAGUGGGCCAGACGGCUCACUCUAGCCCUGGGCCCGGGGCGAAUGCUUUCCCCUGUAUUUUGCCAGCCUGACAGCAACCCUUCGCCUUUCUUUUGACUGCAUUGCUGCCAUGUGUGUGCAUCUCCAGGAGUCAGGCCUAUUGCUUUGCCUCUUCAGAACCUCCCUGCGAGGUGGAACAUGCCUAUGGGGAGCAGGUUGCCACAUUCCCCUUCCUAACUUGCCUUUACUGCAUUGCUUUAGAAAGUCACAUUUAGAUGGAAAAUUGUCAAGGCAUGGAUAUAAACCUGGGUGUUGGUGAUAUGGAAGAGUCCACAAGUGACCGCCUGCUGGAUUUGGCCUUCCAGGGUUUGUUGGAUAUGCUCUGCAAGUUCCAAACCUGCCUCUUUCUCAUUCGCAAUGCAGGCAACAUGAAGGAAUUGGUCUUUGGUUAGGGUCUUUGGGAGGCUGAGAGUGUAUGUCACCCUUAUUCACAAUAUUUUCCUUUUUUUAAAGCAUGGCACAGGAUUGUAAAUAAACUGAUGCAAGUUGCUGUUUGUACUGAAAGCAGCCUCCUUUUGAGUUUGUUCUUUGCCUUUCUGCAGCUUUCUGCUGAGAGUUCUAAUCUUUCUAGCUCUCUAAUUUCUUGGUGUGUAUUCUCAUUAUAAUGUCUCUCAUUAAAAGUAUCAAUUGAAAUUA